AUGGAUCGCCUACGGAGGUUGCUGGGGCGUCGCUCUACGCCCAGGUCGUCACAGGAGUACGAGCGGCUCGCGGAGGACACGUCGGAGCUGGAGAAUUCGGAUGUCCUGGACCACUACGACAACUAUGAUGGGGGAGAAGAGGAAGUGCCAUUUUCGUGGUUCGAAUAUGCUAUCUUCGUUCUACUAGGAAUGGCAAUGCUUUGGGCAUGGAACAUGUUCCUCGCCGCCGCUGUGUACUUCCACAAACGAUUCGAAGAAGAGAAAUGGAUAGCAGACACCUUCCAAUCGGCUAUCAUCACUGUCUCGACAGUCACAAACCUCGUCGUCAUGUUUGUGCUUACCCACAUGCACCAGACGGCCUCGUAUCCCUUCCGGAUCAACCUCGCCCUCAUCAUCAACACCGUCACCUUCAGCAUGCUUGCCGCGUCGACUGUUUUCCUCGAGGAUGCAUCGCCUGCUGUGUAUCUCGUGUUCGUGCUGGCCAUGGUGGGCCUCACGGCAUAUGCGACCGGUCUAAUCCAGAACGGGGCCUUCGCGUUUGCUGCCAGUUUCGGCAGGUCGGAGUACAUGCAGGCCCUUAUGGUCGGCCAAGGGGUGGCGGGCGUGCUACCCCCCAUUGUGCAGAUAGUAUCCGUCUUAAGUGUACCCGGCGCCAACACGGCAGGGGAAAACGAAACAACACCACCGCCACCACCAGUACCAGAAGAUGCCGGCUCUGGUUCCGGCACAUCCGCCUUCAUCUACUUCCUCACAGCCGUUGCCGUGUCGUUGGCCGCAUUAUUGGCCUUUAUCCCGCUCGCGCGGCGCCACCACCGCCUGGUCGCGAACCGGAUAGCCGACCAGAUGGCCGAGUCCCUAGCCAGCAUCGAAGAGGCGGAACGGUCCGCGCGCAAAGUAACCGGCCCCAUUAAGCUCUUCCUCAAGCUCCCCUGGCUCUCCUCCGCCAUCAUCAUCUGCUUCUCCACAACCAUGUUCUUCCCCGUCUUCACGGCCAAGAUCCUCUCCGUCCGCGGCGAAGGCGACGGCGUCCCCGCCAUCUUCCAGCCCGCCGCGUUCGUACCCUUCGCCUUCUUCAUGUGGAAUCUAGGCGACCUCUCGGGCCGAGUGUCGACGGCCCUUCCCUUCUCGCUGCGCCACCGGCCCUUUUUGCUUUUCCUCAUCAGCCUGGCGCGAAUCUUCAUCCUACCGCUCUACCUGCUCUGCAACGUCGGCGGCCGCGGGGCCGUCGUGCAGAGCGACUUCUUCUACCUCUUCGGCGUGCAGGUCGUGUUCGGCUUGACCAAUGGCUGGCUGGGCUCGAGCUGCAUGAUGGCGGCGGGCGAGUGGGUGGAGGAGGGGGAGAGGGAGGCUGCGGGAGGUUUCAUGGGGCUUUGUCUGGUGUUGGGUUUAGCGCUAGGGAGCUUGUUGAGCUUCUCGGUUGCUGGGUUAUGA